AUGAAGUCCUCCAUUCUCACCGCAUUGGCGACGCUGCUCGUAAGCAGCAAUGCUUACUCAGACGACAUGCUCUUCAGCCUUAAGAGCCGCCCUUCUGAGCUUGGAAUGGACAUUCUACCUCCAAAGCAGGAUCCCUGGUACUCGGCCCCAGCGAACUUUGAGCUUGCAGCUCCAGGACAGAUCCUCAGAAUACGGGCUGCUAAAGGCAACCUUACCACCGUUCAGACCAACUCGAGUGAGGCAUACAAUAUCCUCUACCGGACAACAGACAGUCAAUACAAACCUACUUGGGCUGUUACGACACUUCUGAUACCAAACAACACCGUCUAUGGCUCAAACGACAAGCUCUUGUCAUAUCAAAUCCCAUACGAUUCGGCAGACGUCGAUGCCAGCCCUUCAUAUGCAAUGUACGCUGGAGAGUUGUCAGAUGUCGGAGCCGCGUUGGGACGCGGAUGGUGGGUGUCCGUCCCAGAUUACGAAGGGCCCAAGGCAUCCUUCACAGCCGGGGUAAUGUCAGGCCAUGCGACCAUCGACUCCGUUCGUGCGGUUCUUUCCUCUGGAUUCGGAUUGAGUCCUAAUGGUACCAAGUAUGCGAUGUGGGGAUACUCGGGCGGAGCUUUAGCCAGCGAAUGGGCGGCAGAAUUACAGGUGCAAUACGCGAGCGAGCUUGAAUUUGCCGGCGCUGCACUCGGAGGCCUUACGCCCAACAUCACCAGCGUUCUUACCGCGGUAUCGGGGACUGUAACGGCUGGCCUCGUUCCCGCCGGCAUCCUCGGUCUUGCCAGCCAGUAUCCAGAAUUGGAGCAAUACCUGCUUGAUAAUUUGAACAAGGAGGGCGAAUUCAAUGCUACAGGCUUCCUGGAGGCUCGUAACUACACCCUCGUCGAGGGUAUCAUUGCUUUCCUCGGAAACGACAUCACCGACUACUUCAUGAAUGGAACAGAGCUUUUGACUUCGCCCAUUGGCCAGAAGGUGACGAACCGAGAUGGAAUCAUGGGCUAUCACGGCGUUCCUCAAAUGCCCAUCUUCGCAUACAAGGCGAUUAUGGAUGAGGUCAGCCCUAUCAACGACACCGACAAACUCAUCUCGUCCUACUGUGGCAUCGGUGCGACGAUCAAGUACGAGAGGAACACUGUUGGUCUUCACUCCGACGAGUCAGGUAACGGAAGAGCGAGGGCGUUGGAAUUCUUGGACCAUGUUCUCUCUGGCGGCUGGAAUGCCACCGGAUGUCAGAUUUCGAACGUCACUGUCAAUGCUACAGCGAUGGCAUAA